GGUCCGGCGCGCGCCUGUGCUGCAAAAAGUGCUCUGCUGCUUCAACAAAUUCGUGGCCGCGGGAAGCCGUACUGCCACCGCAUAGAUGGCGAUUGCGUCCUCGUCGGCAGUACCGCCUGUUCACCUGUGUUAUUAUUUUCUAGUGCGACAAACAGUGCCCGGUAUUUUAAGGAAAACUGCACGUCGGGAAAAUUAAUAUGCAUCGACAGAUGGGUUCUAUAGCAACCAUGGAUUGUUAAUGUUUGCUGGUGAUGAAGAGCAGAUAUGGCAAUAAAUUUCUCGGCAUCAUUUGCUGCUUACUUAGCAGCAGGACUGAAGGUUCCCAGACAGUUUAUGUACUGUAUUGCUCAAGAUACUGGAGCAUUGUAUGUCCCAUAUAAAGAUGGUACUGACAGGCAACAAGCCCAAGCUGGACAGUGGGCUACAGGUCCACUGCAAGAUGGAACUGGUGGCUACCAUCCACAGCAACAAGGUGGUUCAUCAGCUUCAGGAAGUCCUCAGCAGUCGUGUGGGGAUCCUGAGACUGUGGCACCUCCACCACCACCAACACAGCCCCCACAACAACAGCAACAAGGCACAAUGACAUCGCCUGUCCCCUCCCCGUAUCCACCACCACAGGAUGCUACAGCACCACCACAACAGACACCCGUAGAGGAUGAUCCUCAGCAACAUUCCCCAACACAGCAGCAGCAAGGGACACCACAGCAGCAGCAGACACAGCCUCAGCCACAGCAACCCCCAGCAUCACAGCAGCCAGCUCCUCCACAACAGCAGCAGCAGCAUCAAGCUGAUGUUGAACAGCAGCAGCAACAACAACAACAACAACAGCAGCAACAGAGACAGCAGCAGCACCAAGUUGAUGUUGAGCAACAGCAGAGGGUGGCUGCUGCAGUAGCAGCUGCUCAAUGUUUUCCCCCAGCAGAUAUGCAACAGCAGCAUCAACAACAGCAGCAGCAGCAGCAGCAACAUCUGGCAUAUGCGACACAACAUUAUUUCAAGGAUCAGCGACACACACCAGGAAUGCCACCACAUGUGCUCACGCCGAGUGGCUUUACUGCCCUUCAUUACUUGAAGCAACCGGGAGUGAUGUUAACUUCACUUGGUACAAUGGGCAUGGGAGAUGGAAGUGGUGUAGGUCUGGGGACGAGCAUCACUGACGGGACAGGUGUGGGUGUCGGUGCAGUUGCAUACCCAAAUGUUCAGGUAGAUGUGCGCUCACUGCCUGAUAUCAUCCAGCAGCAACAGCAAGCCCAGCAUCAAGCACAACAACAACAGGCUCAAGGUCCGGGAACAGGAAAACCGGGGCGGGGAGGCAAUGGUUCGGGCUCAGAGCUCAGGCUUUUCAAGUGUCUUACGUGUGGCAAGGACUUCAAGCAGAAAUCGACACUGUUGCAGCACGAACGUAUCCAUACUGACAGCCGCCCUUAUGGUUGCCCCGAAUGUGGAAAGCGGUUCCGACAACAGUCCCAUCUGACACAGCACCUACGCAUCCACGCCAAUGAGAAGCCUUACGCCUGCGCAUACUGCGAGCGCUCCUUCCGGCAACGUGCCAUCCUCAACCAGCACCUGCGCAUCCAUUCGGGUGAGAAGCCUUACCGGUGCCCGCAGUGCGGCAAGCACUUCCGCCAGAAGGCCAUCCUCAACCAGCACGUCCGCACACACCAAGAUGUGAGUCCUCAUUUGGUGUUCAAGAAUGGUAUGACGCCUACCCUGUGGCCUCAAGAUGUGCCAUACCCACCUGAUGCUGAGAAGGAUGAUGCAGCUUCUACAUUUGGGAAUCCUGAAGACGGCAGUGUGCCACCGGACCAGGCUCGUAGCAAUGGGCAGUGUUUUUCUCCUGACAGUGCUGGCAAUGUGCAACAAUAUCAAGCAUAUUUCAAGGAUGCCAAGGGUAUGAACCAUUCAGUGUUUGGAAAUGGGGGUCCUGCAGGAAACUUUGGGGCACUUCAGUACUUAAAACAGGGUCAGGUAAAGCCUGGUGGACUGCUGCCCGAUGUAAUACAGCACGGGAGAAGUGCAGGGAUGCCCCUUUAUGUGCGCUGUCCUAUUUGUCAAAAGGAGUUCAAGCAGAAAUCGACAUUGCUGCAACACGGUUGCAUCCAUAUAGAGUCCAGGCCAUAUCCGUGCCCAGAGUGUGGUAAGCGGUUUCGACAACAAUCUCAUCUCACACAACAUCUUCGAAUACAUACAAAUGAGAAGCCGUACGGCUGUGUAUACUGUGGUCGAAAUUUCAGGCAGCGGACUAUCCUCAAUCAGCAUAUUCGUAUUCACACAGGUGAGAAACCAUAUAAAUGUGGACAAUGUGGAAAAGACUUCCGCCAGAAGGCCAUUCUCGAUCAGCACACUCGUACACAUCAAGGUGAUAGGCCGUUCUGCUGUCCGAUGCCUAACUGCAGGCGGCGCUUUGCGACGGAGCCAGAAGUGAAGAAGCACAUAGACAACCACAUGAAUCCACAUGCUGCGAAAUCUAGACGUGCUAACACGGCGGGUGUUGGUGUUCUGGAAGCAAAACAUCAUCCCGGAGCCACAGUACUGGGAGGUGAAAGGGGUCCUCCAACUCUGCUGACACGGGGCAUUCCACCCACAGCUGUAGUGAAGCCCGAACUGUAUUUCCCACAGUGUUACGCACCUACAUUCAAUCAUCAGCCACCACCGCCCCCUCCUCCGCCUCCACCUAAUGCCCAGUUUGCCACACCACAGGGUGCCGGUGGUAGCAUAAGUGGUGGGAGCAUUAAUGGUGCUACAAUCAAUGGUAACACUAUUAAUGGAAACAGUAUUAAUGGUACUACGAUCAAUGCAAAUGCCAUCAAUGGUAAUACCAUUGGGGCUGCUAGUAAUCUCAGCAAUCUCAGUGGAGGCAGCAUCACUGCCGGUAGUCUAAAUGGCGGUGGCAUUAAUGGUGCCAGUAGCAGCAACAAUAGCACAAAUAAUAAUCAGAGUCCUGUGAUGAAUUCACCUGCCCCUGAGUACAAGUCUGUGCCCCCACAAACAUCCAGUCUGCCGGCCCAGUGACUAGCGGCUGCCCUUCUCUAGCCAUCGGGACCCGGCACGCUGCCACAUUUUGCUGGUAGUGCUGCCGGACCCAUCAAGCAUGAGCCUUGUUGGGAAAUGUCCCCCUGUGCUGAGAAUGGGCAGGGAUACUAUGAAGUUAUACACUCUGUAUGAACUGCUCAGUGAACAUUUCACUGUAAAAACUGUUUGACUGAACUUUGGUUGUGAUACAACCAGUAAAAUGUGUUUGGGAGUCAAUUAGUCCCACUGUACAAAAAAUGACAGCUCGAUUGACAUCGUUAUAAAUGCCGGUUACUGACCAGUCCUAGACUGAUGAUAUAGUAUGUGAUAGAUAUUAUUUGAAAAGAUUUUAAAUUGUUCAUACUUGAUAGAGAAAUAAUUAUAAUCACUUGAACAAUAUUGUAUAAAUAUAGUGACACAGUAGUUUAUUAACAAAGUGAAAUGAAAAUAGCUCCGCUAUAUAUUAAAAACACAACACAUAUAUAAAUAAAUAAAAAUAUAUAUAUAUAUUAAAAUAUAUACAUAGAUAACUUUUAUAUUAAUACUCUACUAAUAUUCCUUAAUACAAAGAGGUUGGAGAUUGGAAAUAAAUGUAGAUAAUAUAUUUUAAAUGUUUUGUGUAAGGUGCUGAUAUAACUGAGAACUGUAUUGGGCAGGUAGGUUUGUAUCACAGUUUUAUAGUACAUACAGAAUGAAUGCAGUUGUUACGAAUGUGCUUUAGCAGGACUGGUGUGAUGUAUUGAAUUUAUAACAGCUUUCUUGAAAUGUUUCUCUUUUUCACUGUUAUAAAUGCAAAUUAAGGCCUAGAUAUUUUAAAUGUGGUUCUACAUGUUUUAUAAUCUGUUGUGUUAUUCAUGCUGUCUUCUGGGUUGGUUGACCUUUUUUGUGAUUAUCUGGCGCUUUUCCAUAGAAAACUAGUAUGUGAUAUUAGCAGACUGGUAAACUUCUGCUGCCACUAGUGUCGUUCUUUGUUGAUUCUAAAUCAUUUGAUGAUUCUUCAGAAGAGUUAACUUGGUAAACUAGAUGUUCAGUGUACAAUGUUAAUUAUCCCUUGUGCUUCAGAGGCUCAAAGAGUGAAAUGCAAAUAAUGGUGCCUGAUAUUCAUAUUACACACCAUGUCAUCCAUAUAAUGGAGGCAAAAGUUAUGGAGAUAGUGUAAGAACAUACCCUGGGGAAAAACGUGAAUCCUUGUUCUGAAAGCAAAUUCUGUUACAGUAGAUGAGUAAAUUCCUGUUUUUGUAUUAUAUUUAUCUGUAUAGCUUUUGAAGUGAUAGAAAUUUUGUUGAAGGUUCAGUUAACGUAGAAAGAUUUCUUUAAUUUUCUGGCAACAUUCUAAUAUGCUGUUGAAACUAACAUCACAGAGAGUGAAGGUGCGAAAGAUCUGAUAAUUCUGAAAGGAUCCAUCCUGUCCCCACCAUUUCUGUUGCUAAUUAUUUAUCUACCGUAAUUUUAAUCUGCAAUUUCUUCUAGCUUGUUUGUAUUUUUAGCUGAUAGAAAUUUAUGAGGAAUCAUGACCUGCCUGAUUUUCUGUUGGGGUUGUCUCCCUUGGGAAAGCUGGCUUCAUCAUGCUUCUUGAGCCCUCCCUGCCCUAUAUUGUGGGACACUCUUCAUCUGGCUCCACAGUUGAGACCAUUCCAGCUUGGCUGACUGUGAAAUUUAUGAAAUUUUUGAGCUUUGUUACUCGUACAUUUUAGUUCCAGAGUUACUGUACUGGUGUUGUUGAACACAAGUUACUACAGGACUUACCAGCAAGGUAUUACUGCUAAACAGAAAAAGUAUGUGAUCUAAGGUUUUGAGACAGUUUAGCUUAAAUCGUAUAUUGGUGUGGUCGAACAUUGUUUUUGCGUCAUUAGAUGGUGAUGAUGAACAAAUUCAUCAUUGAUAUAUCAUGGAUAUUCAGUGAUGAAAUUGUAAACAUUUUUGAAAAUUUAAUUGAGAAAAAAAACUUACAUGAAUUUGAAGGGGGGGGGGGGGGGCAAAUUACUUGUAAACCGUCACUGCAACACAGGUGGUAAACAAAAUAACUGUCUUGAGCACUUCAGCCUACUCUGUUGUGAAAGCUAGUUAUUAACAAUCAGUUAAUCAUUAAAGCAGAAAAUCCAUAAGAAAUGGUGGAAGUGGGUGCUAGUUAAUCUGUCAAGCUGUGGUCGUAAUUAAUGAAAUUUAAUGACAAGCAGAAAGAUAGAUACAAGUAAGACAAUAAUACAUUGCUGUAGCCUCACGUUGGCUUGUUAUUGUUCAUAACAAAUGUGCCAGACUACUUCCAUGGCACACUGUGUUAUUGUUGACUUGCAUGAAAGUUUUAAAAAAAAUUGUGCUUGCCAUUGUAGAUUCUUGGCAAUUAAGAUCACUGUAAGUGUGAACAGGAACUUUACUCACUGUAGGCAGAAUAGACACCUUUUCUGUAAAUACCCUGUCCAAAUUUAAUAAAAUCUUUCUCCCCUCCAUGUUUAUAAAUUUCAUGUUGUUUCAAGUUGUGUCUACAUUGUGACCAUUACAUGCCUUCAUACAGAUAACUGUUGUAACAUGCAUUUAUUGUCCAUACUUUACUGGUAUUUUAUGGUGUGUAAUAUGACUUAACACAAUGUUUCUUUUGGGAUACAAAGACUAUAAUGAAGUUUACAAAACAGUCUGCACAUAGUGAUUCUUGUAAAACAUUUGAUCAUAGUCUGGAAGAAGUAUGUUUUAAAACAUUGUUAAUAGUUAUUAGGGAUAUUUGUUGUCAGCAGUUUUUGUCUCUUGUAAUGGCUGUGAGCAUUUUACAUUGGCUAAAUGUAGUAGUUGCAGCCUAGAAGACAGUUGUACACUUUUUUAAAAAAAAGAAGUCACUACAGUAAAAUAAAAUAUCACCUAAGUAGGGCUGUGUUAUUUUUUCUCGUUGUAAUUGUGACAAAUACAGGUAGAAUAAAAGGUAGUUUAUGUUUCUGCAUAAUUCAGAAUCCUCCACAUUUUAGUCUGGAGAUAUUAAAAUAAUACUCAUACUUAAAUAUGUAAAUGUUAUUCUAACUACAGAAUAAUUUUAAACUUUUAAAGUUUUGCUGAAAUAUAUGUUUGGUUAUACAAACAGGGUCCUUAAUAAGUGUAUACCAAUGCUUUGCAUAUAGAUCUGCUGACAUUUAAAACUAAAAUUAUAAAUUUUUAUAAACAGUUCUAUAUCUGUCAAAUCUUCAUGGAACAAUCCUUUACUUUUGUGUGUAUUUAUUACAAGUGUCCAUUUAGGACAUUGAUCUUUGUGUAUCCUUCUGAUAGAACUCUUUUUGCCCCCUUUCUUACUUGAGUCUCAGUUGCACUGGCUUUGUAAUAAAAAUACAUAUAUUUUUCCACAGCAGUAACUGGUAAUGAAUGUUUAAGAAUUGGGGGAUACUAAUUAAAAGAGAAAUCUGGAUUCCUCCAAUGAAUCAACUCCACAGCCAUUAAACUGUCGUACUAAAUAACGAAAUUGAAUUUUCUAAUACAAGUGGUAUAACUGAACAGAAGAUUUUGGGUGCAUAUUUAGACAUUUAACUUUUUGUGUAUCCAAUUUCCAAUUCUAGAGCAUUACAGUGUUGUGUCAUUUUAUCAGAGAGAACAUCACUACUGUAAGUCUGAAUUUUACACCUUUCGAGUAUACUGGUGGUGUAAUACAUAGUGAUGUAUUUCAUGUAGUUGGAAAUCAAUUCUAUGUAUUAAUUUGUUGAAUUUGGUUUGUUAAAAUUCUCCCAGUAAUUCACAAUGAACAGUAAUUUCUUAACAUUAUAAAGCUUGAUACCGUUGUUCACAAAUGGAGUAAAAUAAUGCAGAUUUAGGGGCUAUCCCAGUAUUAACAUGGACAGACACUCAAGACCAACGAAGAAUCUGAUCUGUGUGCAGAUAUUGUUGUCAUAAUUAAAGCUGGAAUUUUGAAGGCCAAAGUUACUGUUCAUAUUAUAAUAAUGAGUGACUGAAAAAAGUUGCAGUACCAUAAUUUCAUGUGAAUCCAUGUUCCCUUAGAGCAGUACAUGCCGUAAGAAUUCAGGUAACAGCUGUAAUGUUACUCCAAGUAACAUAUUGUGCUUGCUCAAGAAUUCAAGGUAAGAAGAAAACCAUCCUUUGUUGUACAGGCACCAUAUUUCAGUUGUCACAUAUUUAUUGCUUAUGGAAAAUGCUUUGUGGGAUACGAACAAUGGUAUGCAUAAAGACAACAACAUUCAGUGUAGCAGGAGGGCUGAUGAGAGGGUAGGCUGGCUUAGCUAUCAGCUGGAAGAGGAGGAGGGGGGGGGGGGGGCCUUGGGCAUGUGUGUACACAGGAUGCAGGCACUCAUCCUGAUGGUAAAUGAAAAUGUGAUGGCUAUACAGCAGUCCUCAACACCUUGUUUAUAUGUUCAUCGAUUUGUAUGUUCAUCUAUUUAUAUGCCAUCUAUUUGUGCAAAAUGGCAAUAGGAUCGAAAAAACACAAUAGUAACAACAAAUUCUUGUUACUGAAUGUAAUGGCUCCUGUACAUGAAAAAGGGAGAAAAAGAAUCUAGCAGAAUUUCUCAGCUGUUAUAGUAGCACCAGGGGAGGGGGGGUAUUUUACCAUGAGGUAUCCCAGUCAAGCAAGAAUUUCUCCUUUUAAUUAUACAUUAUUAUCCUAGAAUUCUUAAAUAAUUAAGAAUUUUGGAAAAAUGUUGCUGAUGGUAUGAACCGUGAACACAUUGAUUUUGGAACAGUGUUACUUUAUCUCUUUUGACGUUAAUUGCUAGAUGUACCUUCAGGUUGACAUCUUCCCCUAAACCAACUUGCAGUUGUCUAGUUUUUACUAGUACAUAUAAAUGAAACACUUCUGAUCUCAUUGGACUGAGAGAUCAUAAGUCUUUGUUUAAUAUUGAUUUAUUUCAUGACUUUUUGCAAGAGUUUCUGUGCACAACUAAAAUGGAAAUAUUCGUUCCUUCAGUGAAGUGAAGCCGUUAUAUAAUCCACAGGUUUUGGAUGUGUCAUGUCAAUCAUACACCUUGUGAGAAAGAAUGUUUGAUAAUCUGGAGCAUGCUUGGAAGAGAAUAUAAGUGGGCUUACCAAUGAAACAGAUAGUGAAUUGUUCUUACAUGCAUAUAUAUAUCUUCUCUCUGGUGCAGUUAAAUGUAACAUGGAAAAAGAAUGAAUACAGAUUAGAUAUUUGUUUUCUUAUGUGCAUAGAAGUGGAGAUAUAUUGAAAUAAGUUUCUCAUCUGUUGGUUAAUUAUAUGAAAGAAGUUCAGUUCACGAAAGUGAAGGUGUUAGUUAGAAGUUGUUAGUUAGGUUGACAUAUAAAUAUUUUGGCUGUGGAGUUAGAUUUCAUAUUUUUAAAGCUACUAAAUCUUAGAUGCAUUGGAUUUUCAAAGUAGUAGUAAUUGGUUUGUUUACUACUUAAUGUGUUACUGUCAAACAUAUUUAUUUCAUUUUUCGCUUAAAACUGUUGUGUGUACAGCAGAUUUAUUUUUAUUUUGCAACAUAUUUGAUAUUUUAUUGCAGUUUUCUUGAAAAUGGUGUUGUAAAUAAGGAUGUUUUAUGCAGUGAUUUCACCAUUUUCUGGAAGUCAUAAAGUGCUCUCUUGUAUAUUUGCCAUUUUAGGAUGGAUUUUGCAGUAACACUAUGUUUGUAGAUAAGUAAUAUGACAGUUGUGUAUUUCAGGGACAUGUGUAUGCCAUUGCUUAUUAGCAUUUCUAGUUGUGAUGACAUUGAUACUAUUGUCAAGGCAGUUUCCAAAGUGUAACCGGACUGAUAGCUCUCUGUGAUAAGUGCUCUUUCCCCAAAUAAGGGAAAUUGUGCUGGUGCUGAAACAUUGUAGCCGUAUUACAAUAAUAAGUCAUUUGGUGCAGCUUUUAUAGUUUUGUGAUGUGAAAGCAUUCUGGAACUGACAGAAUGAUGUUUGUGGUUUGUAGUUAACUUGCCAGUGCAUUCAUUGUUGUAGAAUACAUGUGCACAUUUCCAAAUUAUUUGAAGGACACUGUAAAUCUGUGUGCAUUUUAUAUUUCUAUAUUUGACUUGCAUAAUGGAUGUAUUCAAGAAAUGUAUUUUUAUCUGAUCAAUUUCUGAUACUCAAACUUGGGAACUGCCAAGACAAUGUAUACUCAUCCAGCUUGCCAUGUUUAUGUGACUUUACUGUUUUCUAUGUGCAAAUUGUUAUUUCUAUUUUUUUAAUAGUAUAGUGAACAGUCUCUCUAACAAAGAAUACACUUUGUUAUACUGUUAGUAAAAGAAACUUCUGGAGGAAAGAGUAUUGUGUAUGUUUUUGAGACUGAUAAUUUUUUGUCCAUUGUUAAAUAUCUUCUCUUUAUUUCACCCUUAUUCUGUAUUCAGUGAUUGCAAGUUAUGCAAAUAUGAUUUAAAAAUGCAUAGAUAUUCCAUUUGUAACAUCCAUAUUAAUAGCAUAUUUUGCUGUCUAUUGGUUACAGUAAAAGUUUUUUGUCACAAGUUAAUGAAUAGCUUAUGUGAUGCUAAGUUAUUUUAAAUGUGAAAUCUGAGCAUAAAUUUUGUUUUGUAAAUUUGUUUUAAUAUGUUGCACUUAUUUGACAAAACAUCUUUUGUUUAAAUUUUUUACACUCUUGUCAGUUGAGGAAAUCUAAUUUUUUUUUCUGCUUAAAGCAAACCUGUAAUUCUUUUUCACUUCUCGUUUCAGUUGUCUACAUAAACUUCCAUAUGUUGCUUUCACUGAAACAGAAGAUGCAGUCAGUUUUUUUGUAAGGCUUUGCAACCUCCUAAGUAUUCUAAUGUUCUUCAAAAGAUUUGAUCUUGAAGUAAUAUUUGGGUACUCCAUCAGUGCUGUUUGAUACUUUUCAUUGUAGCUUAAAAAUAAUACUGGUGCUGAAAUAUGGGCAGUCUCCCCAUUUCUUCACUCCUCUUCAGGCUUGCCAAAAAAAAGGAACAUGCAUCUAAAACUAAGAAAUUUAGAAAGACUGCUGAUGUUUUAUGUGGACACAGUUACAAAAAAUAAACUAGGUUAUAUCUGAUGUCUUCUCUCCACUGUCAGAUACAUUUCUUUCCUCUGGGGUACAGCUACUUCCAGAAUCGAUUAUGUGAUGUACACCACAUUUGAUGGAAGAACUAGUUUUCUUGCAGAGCUUCUGCAAAAUUUUCAAACUUGCCAUUUUAGAAAUUUUUAUGGCUUACAUUUUAGAUAAGAACAAGACAAUCUUAUAAGCACUAUCAAAGGGUACUUCUGUCUCUUUCCUUUUAUUCCCUUAUUUCACUAACAGAAAAGAUCUACUUUUCUGCAAGCCAGUCAGUAUUCUUAUCUUGCCAGUAAAUUAAAACUGAGUGAUGAAGCUGCAUUGUUAAAAAGAUAUUAAGUACUUUUUAUUAAAGUUCACUGUUUUAAAACUAUACUGUUACAACCAGUGAGUCUCCAACUCUAUAUGAAGAACAAUUUUUUUAUAUGUAUGUAUAUGUGCUAUGUAGACCUUUUGGCACCAUUUUAUUAAACUUUUGACUCAUAAGCAACAUUUUCUUGUUUUGUAUGUGAUAAUUUGUCACUCUAGAACUUUCUAACACUUCAACAUGUGCAUCACAUUUGGAAAAGUAUUUGCUGAUAAGUACAAAUGCUCAUUUAGUGUAUGUAUUCACUGUUAUGAAUAAACAUGUUUCUUCUCUCUUAAAUACUUUGCUUUGUGCUGUUGUAUCACGAGCACAAAAAAUUCACAAUAUUUCCAGAUGCCUGAACAUAGUUUCAGUAAAUUUCACUCCAUGCAGUUGCUUCAGAUGGCAAGAAGGUCCCAGCAGAAUGUAAAUAAAAAAUAAUUCCUGUAGGCCAAGGUGAUAAAGAUUGAGAAGCAACAUCUGUGUCAUAUACCAACACUCUGUAUGAUGUGUUUUUAUGUAUAAAAUGAAGAAAUAAUUUUUGGUACAUUUUUGAUGUUUAUUGUUCUUUGGACUGAGAUUUGUCUGUUGUAUUAUAAUAGUAGUGAAAACUGCUUUCUUUUGUUACUGGUGCCAUUAAUGUUUUAUAGGUGCAAUGCAUUGCUAAAGUCAUUAAUGAACAGCAUUUUGUUGUUUUCCUCUUGAAUUGUAAUAAAGUAACUGAGACAUCUUUAUUUGAACAUACGUUAUAUUUAAAUUGUCAUUUUGGAAAACUGAAUGCUUUUAAAGAUAUCUGUUGUUGAAUCACUAUAAAUUUGUUUUUGUUGAACCUUCCUCAAAAUAUGUUGUACUUUUAUAAAAUCAAAGCUGUUCAGGAAGAAAACUGACACAAAAGCUUUUUAAAAAGAAUAACAACUUCAUGAUGAUUGAUACAAUGAAAACAAAGGGCAAAACAUUUUUAUUACUGGUUAUUUUAAAAUCUGUUACAUGAAAAGAAACACAAAAAGAUGUAUUACAAUUUACAUAUGCUAGGCAUAUGCCAUAAGUGCAUGAAAUACAAUAAAAUGUCUCAGUUGAGUUUU